GAAGACACUUUGUUACAGGCAACAAACCAGAAGAACUGAGUAGAUCUGAAAUGAGCAGCUUAGGUCAGGACGAGAAAAGAUAUGAUCCCCUCGACACAACGAUGAGUUUUGUCGACAGACCUGAUGACCUGGAUCCUCUGUCCUCUGAGGAUGAAGAAGAGUGUCUCCGAGCUGAAAUGUCCUGUGGUCAUGCUGUCACCCCACAAUCUUUGACUGGGUGGUGCCGCAGCCUGCUGGAUCAGGGCCAGUACAAGUUCAGGUGUCCUGCUAUAAAUGAAGACACCCAGGAGAAAUGUGGUGCUAUUUGGUCUUAUCGAGAGGUGCGGCGCCUGGCAGACCUGAGCGCUGAAGAAAUGGAGUACUUUGAAGAGAACAUCGCUCGUCUGGUGGCUGCAGAGUACCAGGAAUUUAAAUCAUGCCCUGGAUGUAAGACCUAUGUUGAAAGAAAGAACCUGACUAACCUCUGCACACAGUGCUUGGUGUGUGCUGCAGAUAAGAAGAAAGUGUUCCAGUUCUGCUGGCAGUGCUUGAAGCCUUGGAAAGGUCCAGCUCCUCGCUCUGAUCGCUGUGACAAUGAUGGCUGCAUCAACCAUGACCUGGAACUGCUCAGGACCUGCAAAACCACAUCCUUUCUCCAGGUGAGGGGGGUUCAUGCCUGUCCCUCCAUCCGGGCCUGUCCCACCUGUGGUCAGAAGGUGGAGCACGACAAGACGGGCUGCAAGAACAUCAUCUGUCCUCGCUGCCAGGUGGAGUUCUGCUUUGUGUGCCUGAAGCUCACUCCUGAGUGUCUGAAGACCAGUUCCUACUUCAUCCCCUGCAGUGAUGGUGUGGCUCCCAGACAGACAUCCAUACCUGUGUGGCGCAGGAAGUAAAACUGCAGAAAAACAGGGUCCCAGCUGAUCUCCUUUUACUGGAACUUGGUUGAAAGAUUCCCAGGAAUUAAAAAUGUUACAGGUAGUUUUGUUCAUGUUCAUUAACUGCAAAACUCCUUAAUUUCUAUUUAUCAUCAAAUGAUAUCUGCAAGAUUUUUAUUCUUAUGUAAUAAUUUGACUCUACAACAAAUUCUUUGAUUUCAUUUUAAAUAAAAAAAAUAAAUUUUUAACUCAAAGCA